CCACCACCAGUGCUACCACCACCGGGAACUCCCUCGUGCCGGCCCCAUCCCGUCCCGUGCUCCCCUCCUCUCCUCUCUCCUAUCGUCCACCUCCUCGUCGUCUUCCUCGCCACCUCCGGCCUCUGCCCCCGGCCUUCUCCCCUCCCACCCUCGUGGAAACCCUAACCCCCUCUUGGCCCAGGAGGCCUAUGACGGCGAUUCGCCGCGCGAAAGGAGGGAGCCUAUUCGCGCCCGCGCCGCCGCUGCCGCUGCCGCGGUCCUAGGGCACGUCGAGCCCUGCCAACCCAUCGACGGUUUCACCCCACGACAUCCGCCAUGUUCGAGGGCCACGUGCUGUAUCUGCUACGCAAAUAUUUGGGUGAAUAUGUUGAAGGGCUUUCUGUUGAAGCUCUCAGAAUAAGUGUGUGGAAAGGUGACGUUGUUCUAAAAGACUUAAAACUUAAGGCUGAAGCCCUGAAUUCUCUCCGACUUCCAGUGACAGUGAAAGCUGGGUUUGUUGGCACCAUAACAUUAAAGGUCCCAUGGAAGAGCCUUGGUAAAGAACCAGUUAUUGUCCUUAUUGAUCGUCUAUUUGUUCUUGCUCAUCCUGCUCCUGAUGGACAGACUCUCAAGGAAGAAGAUAGAGAAAAACUUUUUGAAGCCAAGCUUCAGCAGAUUGAGGCUGCAGAGGCAGCAACUGUUGAAGCAACAAGUAGGAACUCAAGAGCAGGACCUGUACCAGGUGGAAAUUCAUGGUUAUACAAUUUAAUAUCUACAAUUAUUGGUAAUCUUAAAGUCACCAUCAGUAAUGUACACAUAAGAUAUGAAGAUUCUGUCAGCAAUUCGGGGCACCCAUUUGCGUCUGGUUUCACAUUAUCAAAACUUGCAGCUGUUACUGUGGAUGAGGAUGGUAAUGAAACAUUUGAUGCAGGUGUAGCCCUAGAUAAGCUGCGGAAGUCUGUUGAACUGCAUAGGCUGGCCAUCUACCAUGACUCGGACAGUAAUCCUUGGAAGCUUGAUAAAAAAUGGGAAGCUCUAAAUCCUACUGAAUGGAGUGAGAUAUUUCAAGAUGGCAUUGAUGAUCGCUCUGGAAAUUCCAUCUGGGCAGUAGACCGGAACUACCUGGUCUCGCCUAUAAAUGGAACCCUUAAAUAUAAACGACUUGGGAAGAAUGAAAGAGGGGAUCCAGAUACCCCAUUGGAGAAAGCCUCACUUGUCCUCAGUGAUGUUUCUUUAACUGUAACUGAGGCACAGUAUUAUGAUGGCAUCAAACUGUUGGAAACAUUUUCGAGGUUUAGAACACGCGUUGAUGUGUCUCAUUUACGGCCUGUUGUAUCAGUGAAGGAGGAUCGUCGUGCUUGGUGGCGUUAUGCUGUGCUGGCUGGUCUGCGACAAAAGAAACUAUGCUAUUGGUUCUCAUGGGAGAGAACUAGGUACCUCUGCCAGCUUCGACGCCGUUAUGUUCAAUUGUAUGCCACCCUUUUGCAACAAGCACCAAAGGUUGAUAUUUCUGAAAUUCGUGAGAUAGAGAAAAUUCUAGACAUGAAGGUCAUAAUACUUUGGAGGUUGCUGGCUCAUGCUAAGGUUGAAACAGUUAAAUCAAAGGAGACACUAUAUAGAAAAGGGGCCCCGAAGAAAAGAUGGUGGCCUUUUGGAUGGAACACAACUGGUUUACCUUCUGAAGAAGCUACACACCCAGAACCACAGUUAGAUGAAGAGGAGCAACUCACUAAAGAAGAGUGGCAGGCUGUUAAUAAGCUGUUGAGUUACCAACCAGAUGAAGAUCUGUCUUUCCCCCUUGAGAAGGUUUCCCCAAAUGUGAUUCGAUUUAUGAUGGAUGUAUCCAUUGGCCAGGCUGGUGCAAGGAUCAUCAAUAUUGAUGGAACUGAGGUUUUAUGUGGUAGAUUUGAGCAGCUUCAGGUUGCAACUAAGUUGUAUCCCAAGAGCACACGCUGUGAUGUAACUUUGAAAUAUUGUGGUCUAUCUUCUCCAGAAGGAUCUCUUGCGCAGAGUGUUGUUAGUGAGGGGAAGAGUAAUGCUCUUGAUAUUACUUUUGUGCGAGCACCAAUUGGUAUGGACCUUGAUUGGCAGCUCAUGGCAAAGAUAUCACCAUGCCAUGUUACGGUUCUGAAGGAGAGUUAUGAACGAUUUAUGGAGUUCAUUAAGCGAAGCAACGCCGUUAGUCCAACAGUAACUAUGGAAACAGCAACUGCUCUACAGUUGAAGAUCGAGCAGGUCACACGUAGGGCUCAGGAGCAGCUUCAGCUGGUGUUAGAGGAACAAAGCAGAUUUGGACUUGAUAUUGAUCUGGAUGCACCAAAAGUUAGGAUUCCCUUGACUGCUUAUCAACCUUUGCUGGGCAAUGAGUACUUUGUUCUUGAUUUUGGCCAUUUUACAUUGCAUACAAGAGAUGGUAGGCAUGAUGAAGAAAGACAGAGUCUGUAUUCAGGCUUUUAUAUUACUGGGAGGGAUAUGGCUGCUUUCCUUAUUUGUGAUUUAGCUCAGGACACAUACUCAAUACCUGAAAAUUUAGAUCAAGAUACCCUCCUAGGUCAUACCUCUGAUGAUAAUCAGUUCAGUUCUCUUCUUGAUCGCUGUGGAAUGUCAGUGAUAAUUGAGCAGAUCAAAGUUCCACAUCCAAAUUAUCCAUCAACUCGUGUUUCUUUUCAAGUACCCAAUCUGGACAUUCACUUCUCACCGAAAAGGUACUGCAAGAUAGUGGAACUGCUUGGUGUGCUUUUCCAUAUGAAGGGAAGCAAUAAUGAACAUUCAAAUAACCACGAAAGUGGUAGCUUGGCGCCUUGGUAUCCUGCUGAUCUAGCUGGUGAUGCUAGAACUUUGGUUUGGAGGGGCAUUGGCUAUUCGCAAGCUGAAUGGCAUACUUGCUAUGUCGUAUUAUCUGGGAUGUAUCUAUAUAUUUUGGAGUCAGAGUUCUCCCCGAAUUACCAAAGGUGUUGUAGCAUGGCUAGUCGCCAAGUAUUUGAGGUGCCACCAGCUAGUGUUGGCGGAUCUCUUUACAGUAUUGGUGUGUGUUCUAGAGGUGGAGACACACAUAAGGCACUAGAACUGACCAGCACACUGGUAAUUGAAUUUCGUAAUGAAAUCGAGAAGACUAUGUGGAUGAAAGCACUUGUGCAGGCAACAUAUCGAGCUUCUGCCCCUCCUAAUGUGAACAUAUUAGGAGACGUUGUCAGCCAUCCCCCAGAAUCAAGUACACCACGGCUUAAUAGCUUGGGAUCAGUGGAUCUUGUUGUGAAUGGCUCUGUUAUUGAAACUAAACUUUCACUGUAUGGAAAGCUGGACAGAAAGAGCAAUGAUCCACAAGAGCUUCUAAUGCUAGAGCUCCUUGGGAAUGGAGGCAAGGUUAAUGUUGUUCAAUCUUCUCGUGGUCUUAGUGUGAAAAUGAAAUUGCAUUCAUUGAAAAUAAUGGAUGAGCUACAAGGUCGUCUCUCAAUGUCUUCAAAGUAUUUAGCAUGCUCUGUCAUCAAUGAAAGUGUGGAAGCUACCUGUUCAGAUACUCUUGAUAAGGGGGGUGACCUAAGCACCUUUCCUGUGGAUGAGGAUUCUUUCAUGGAUGCAUUAACAGAUUUUACUCCGGACCAAAAUUUUAAUCUGCAUGACAAUCAAAUUCCCAACUUCAUUUCUGAUGCAAAGGAGUACAGUGAAACAGGUUCAAAAGAUGGUUCAUGGUUUGAUGGGGAUGAACAGAACGUGCAACCUACUGAAAUAUUUUACGAGGCACAAGAUAAUAAUGUGACAGAUUUUGUUGUUCUUACAUUCUUGAGCAGGAGUCCUGAUUCUUGUCUGUAUGAUGGUAUAGAUUCACAGAUGAGCAUUCGUAUGUCCGCACUGGAAUUCUACUGUAACAGACCCACACUUGUUGCUCUCAUCGAGUUUGGAUUUGAUCUUAGCAUGGUUAAUUCUGUGCCGCAAAGUAGUCCUGAUGUGGCACCUGCAAUUCAAACUGUGAAACCCACAGGGAAGGACGAAGCUGCUCCUACAAUUGUAAAAGGAUUGUUAGGUUAUGGGAAACAUCGAACCAUUUUCAACAUGAAAAUGGAUGUGGACCGGGUAUCAAUGUUUCUUAAUAAGGAAGAUGGUUCUCAGCUUGCAAUGUUUGUGCAAGAGAAAUUUCUGUUUGAUUUCAAGGUUCAUCCAGGUUCUUUUUCAAUUGAUGGUAUGCUGGGGAAUAUGAGAUUUUGCGACAUGUCCCUUGGUCCAGAUCAUCGUUGGGGUUGGCUUUGCGAUAUACGGAAGCCUGGUGUUGAGUCACUUAUAAAGUUCACAUUCCAGUCGUACAGUAUCGAUGAUGAAGACUUCGAAGGUCAUAAUUACAGCUUGACUGGUCAGCUUUCUGCUGUCCGUAUUGUCUUUCUCUACCGUUUUGUUCAAGAGUUCACUUCUUACUUUAUGGAGCUUGCCACCCCUCAUACUGAAGAGGCAAUUAAGUUUAUUGACAAAGUUGGAGGGUUUGAGUGGCUGAUUCAGAAAUAUGAAAUGGAUGGUGCUUCUGCUAUAAAGCUGGAUCUUUCACUUGAGACACCCAUAAUCAUUGUUCCUAAGAAUUCUCAGAGUGAAGAUUAUAUACAAUUUGAUCUUGGCCAAUUGAAAAUAAGGAAUGAGUUUAGUUGGCAUGGAGGUGAAGAGACUGACCCUUCUGCUGUAAGGCUUGAUGUUCUCCAUGCAGAGAUAAAUGGAAUCAACAUGGCGGUUGGCAUAAAUGGAACUCUAGGAAAGUGUAUGAUUCGUGAUGGUCGUGGCAUCAAUCUAGAGGUGCGACGUAGCCUGCGGGAUGUCUUCAAAAAGGUCCCGAUACUCUGUAUGAAAGUUCAGAUAGGAUUGCUUCAUGCUGUCAUGUCAGAUAAGGAAUACAAUGUCACUACAAACUGUAUUUCGACAAAUCUGUCCGAGACACCUAACCUUCCCCCAAGUUUUCGUGAAAACGUGAACAGGACAAAGGAGUCAAUUCGUUUACUUGCAGAUAAAGUCAACCUUAGUAACCAUUUGUUGCUUUCACGUACAGUUGUUGUCAUGACUGUGGAUGUUCAGUAUGCGUUGCUUGAACUUCGCAAUGGCCCAGAUGCAGAGUCACCUCUGGCAGAGCUUGCUGUGGAAGGUCUAUGGGUGUCGUAUAGGACAACAUCAAUGCUUGAAAUGGAUCUAUAUUUGUCGAUAUUGAAAUUUUCGAUACAUGAUAUCCGUCCAGAUACGAAGUCUGAGAUGCGUCGGAUGCUUGGAUCUUAUUCAGAGUCUGCUAACCUGUGCGCUGAAGACUCUUCAACUGAUGCGGGGGUUUCGAAUCUCACAAUGCUGAUACUGGAUUAUCGUUGGCGUUCUUCUUUUCAAUCAUUUGUUAUAAGAAUACAGCAGCCUCGUAUACUAGUUGUCUUGGAUUUUCUGCUUCCUGUUGUUGAGUAUUUUGUGCCUUCUUUAGGCACGAUAACUGGCAGAGAGGAAAGUCUAGACCCAAAGAAUGAUCCCCUUAUGAGGGCUGAUGAUAUUAUACUUUCUGAGCAUGUUUUCUUUCAAAGAGAGAAUUUUAUUCAACUCUCUCCUGUAAGGCAGCUAAUAGUUGAUGGUUGUGGUAUUGACGAGUUCAUUUAUGAUGGCUGUGGGGGCACUAUAUCCUUAUGCGAACAAUUUGAUAAGAAAGGACAGGUAUACUCUGGGAUUAUAAUCAUAAUUGGUCGUGGGAAAAGACUACGAUUCAAAAAUGUGAAAAUUGAGAACGGUGCACUGCUUAGAAGAUGUGUAUACAUGAACAUGGGAAGCAGCUACUCGAUCGCUUCUGAAGAUGGUGUAGAGGUUUCAGUGUUAGAAAGUUGUUUCAGUAAUGAUGAAGAUUGUUUAAACCUUGCAGAACAUAAAAGGAGAAAUCUGCAGAAUGCCAUUGAUGGCCCCACAAACCAAAUGCUGAACUUUACUUUUGAAGCACAGGUUGUGUCUCCAGAAUUUACCUUCUAUGACAGUUCAAAGUUAUCAAUGGAUGAUUCCUUGCACAUUGAGAAGCUUCUUCGGGCCAAGAUGGAUUUCAGUUUCAUGUAUGCUUCAAAAGAAAAAGAUAUAUGGGCUCGAUCUGUCAUUAAAGACCUUACAAUUGAAGCUGGUUCUGGUCUUCUUGUUCUUGAGCCUGUAGAUGUUUCAUGGAAAUAUACUUCAGUCAAUGAAAAGACAAAUAUAGUAUUGGCGUCGACAGAUGUUUGCAUCCAUCUUUCUCUGAGUGUUGCUUCUCUUAUGCUUAAACUGCAAACCCAAACUCUUGCAGCAUUGCAGUUUGGUAACAUUAGCCCACUGAUUUCUUGCACAAACUUUAAGCGAAUUUGGAGCUCACCAAAAGGUGACCUACCUGGCUACAACCUAACGUUCUGGAGGCCACAAGCUCCCUCAAAUUAUGUAAUCUUGGGGGAUUGUGUGUCCUCGAGGUCUGUUCCACCUUCUCAGGUUGUGGUUGCCGUAAGUAAUACUUAUGGUCGCGUACGAAAACCUCUUGGAUUUAGGCUUAUUCAUGUAUUACCUGGUUCUCUGGAUCUCAUUGGUUCCUGUCAAUCAACUGAAGAAAACGAAUGUUCUAUCUGGAUUCCUGUGCCACCACCUGGAUAUUUAGCUCUAGGAUGUGUGGUAAAUAUUGGAAGGUUACCACCUUCAAACCAUGUAGUGUACUGCCUUCGUUCUGAUCUUGCGACUUCUGCAACAUUUUCAGAUUGUAUACACUCACUCUCACCUGCUGCUGGAAUAAUGUCUGAAUUUAGCAUCUGGCGUGUGGACAAUGUGAUUGCUUCAUUCUGUGCUCAUAGUUCUGUAGAGCAACCCACUACAACAGAAGCUCUUGAUUUGCACCAUCUUCUUCUCCGGAAUCCAAAUUGCUAUAUCGUUAAAGAUCUAAAUGCAGAUUCAUCUAUUAAGAAUGACCAAUCUUCUGAUCAAUUAACUCACCACAAGAGUAUGUCUGGAUGGGAUGUACUUCGCACUGUGUCAAGACCAAGUAACUAUUGUAUGUCUACUCCACAUUUUGAAAGGAUAUGGUGGGAUAAAGGCAAUGAUACAAAGAAGCCAUUUUCUAUAUGGAGACCAUUACCUCGUUUUGGUUUUGCUUCAGUUGGCGACUGUAUAUCUGAAGGGUUUGAACCGCCCACUCUUGGCAUUCUUUUCAAGUGUGACACGGUUGUUUCUGAGAAGCCUGUACAGUUUACUAAAGUGACACAAAUUGAGAGAAAAGGCCUUGAGGAAAUAUUCUUCUGGUAUCCAGUGCCACCUCCCGGUUAUGCUUCCCUUGGAUGUAUUGUAACAAAAACAGAUGAAAUGCCAAGCAAGGAUUCCAUUUGCUGCCCUAAACUGAGUCUGGUUAGCCAAGCGAAUAUCUCAGACGAUCCUAUCUCCAAGUCUUCUAGUGCAAAAGGUCCUUACUGCUGGAGCAUUUGGAAAGUUGAAAAUCAGGGAUGUACUUUCCUGGCCAGACCUGAUGUCAAGAAGCCAUCAGCUCGACUGGCAUACCGUAUUGCUGAUCAUGCGAAGCCCAAGACACGUGAAAACAUUACUGCUGAGCUGAAGCUGGGUUGUUUGUCAGUCAGCAUUCUUGACAGCUCUUGUGGAAUGGUCACACCACUUUUUGACACUACAAUCGCUAAUAUAAAUCUUGCAACACAUGGAAGAUUUGAAACAAUGAGUGCUGUAUUGAUCUGUUCAAUUGCUGCAUCCACAUUCAAUAGACACUUGGAGGCAUGGGAACCCUUUGUUGAGCCAUUUGAUGGGAUAUUCAAGUUUGAAACAUAUGAUACCAGUGAGCACCCUCCUUCCAAAGUUGGUAAGAUGAUUCGUGUUGCUGCAACGAGUCCUCUAAAUGCUAACCUGAGCUCUGCAAAUCUUGAGCUUCUUAUAGAAACAUUAGUUUCAUGGAGAAGACAGAUUGAUCUGGAAAACAAAUCGUCAACAAAAAAUGAGGACAUUGUUGAAAACAUGAAAAAAGCUAAUGAUUCUUCGUACUCUGCAUUGAAUGAAGAUGAUUUCCAGAGAGUGGUUUUUGAGAACAAAUUAGGAUGUGAUGUUUAUCUUAAGAAAAAAUUGGAAGACAGUGAAAACAUUAUUGAGCUUUUACAGCAUGAGAGCAAAGUUUCGUUGUUGCUGCCGCCUCCCAGAUUUUCGGAUAAACUAAAUGUGUUAUACAAUUCAACAGAAUCAAGAUAUUAUGUCGUUGUACAGAUCUUUGAGUCUAAGGGCUUGCCUAUCAUAGAUGACGGCAAUGGUCACAGCUACUUCUGUGCUUUACGCUUACUUAUUGGAAGCCAUGCUUCUGAUCAGCACAAAGUGUUCCCACAGAGUGCCAGGACAAGAUGUGUAAAACCUGUGGAGACUACUGAGUUACUGACGCACUGUGCUAAGUGGAAUGAACAUUUUAUAUUUGAAGUUCCAGAACAGGCAUCAGCUAAUUUAGAGAUUGAAGUAACAAAUCUUGCAUCAAAAGCUGGGAAAGGUGAAGUACUUGGUUCUCUGUCUAUUCCUAUUGGACGAGGAGCAACAAUGUUGAAACGAGCUCCUUCUAUGAGGAUGAUUCAGCAAGUUUCUGAUGUCAAACGAGUACUAACAUGUCCUCUUACAAAGAAGGGUCAGGUACCUAAUUUUGAAGACAGGAAAAAAUGUGGUGUUUUAGUACUCUCAAGCUGUUAUGUGGAACGUUCUACUCAUUCAUAUUUCCAGAGCUUGAAAGACAGUAUAAACAAUGUUGAGAGUGACUUCUGGAUAGGACUUAGCCCAGAUGGUCCAUGGGAAAGUUUUACUGCAGCUUUGCCAGUGACAGUCCUUCCAAAAUCGCUUGAUAAUAACCAUUUUGCAUUUGAGGUCACUAUGAGGAAUGGAAAGAAACUUGCAACCUUGAGAGGUCUUGCAGUUAUUGCCAAUGAUGCUGACAUAAAACUUGAAGUGUCAGUAUGUCCUGUAAACAUGCUUAAUAAUUCUAUGUCAAAUACUAGAUCGACAAGCUCCACCAAUGCUAUUGAUGAAGUAUUUGAAAAUCAGUGGUACCGACCAAUUACAGGGUGGGGACAUAACCCUUCAAUUGAUCAUGGAAAUGACUUAAAGCAGUGGAGCACAAGGGACUGCUCAUACUCAUCUAAGGUAUUUUUUGAGCCUGGCCUUCCAUCUGGUUGGAGGUGGACCUCACCUUGGAAAAUCGAAAGGUCGAAUUUUGUAGAUAAUGAUGGAUGGGCAUAUGCUGUGGAUUUUCAAAACUUGAAUUGGCCAGCAUCUUCCUGGAGAUCUUCAAAAUCACCACAUGACUUUGUGAGAAGAAGGCGUUGGGUACGUUCGAGACAGCAGUUGCAAGAACAAAGUGCAGCAAUUCCUAGAAAAGUACUUGCUACUGUCAGUCCUCAUUCAUCUACUGCGUUGCCUUGGACAUCGAUGAUUAAGGAUAUGGAUUUAUGCUUGCAAGUUCGCCCGUAUUCUGAAAAAUCAGAGGAAUCAUACAGUUGGAGCCAGAUUUGUUCACUAGGUUCUGAGGGCAUACCUAAGCAGCAGCAGUCUUCACUUUCUAGGCAAAGCACCAUAAAACAGUCAGUGGUACCAUCAAGGAAUUCCGUUCUUAAGCUUGCUGAACUCGAGAAAAAAGAUGUGCUCUCAUAUUGCCAUCCUCCUGUUGGCACUGAAAGAUAUUUCUGGUUUAGUGUUGGAAUUGAUGCUUCUGUUGUUCAUACAGAUUUGAAUGUACCUGUCUAUGACUGGAGAAUUUCUUUCAAUUCAAUUCUUAGACUUGAAAAUAAACUUCCCUAUGAAGCUGAGUAUGCUAUUUGGGAGAUUUCCACUAAAAGUAAUAUGGUUGAAAAGCAGCAUGGUAUUGUCCCUUCGGGUGGAAGUGUAUUUAUCUAUUCAGCAGAUAUACGGAAACCAAUUUACCUUACAUUGUUUCUCCAAAAUGGUUGGAUUCUAGAAAAGGAUGCUGUAUUGAUAAUGGAUUUAUUGUCCUUGGAGCAUGUUUCUUCUUUCUGGAUGGUUCAGAAACAAAGCCAGAGGAGACUACGAGUUAGUGUUGAGCAUGACCUAGGUGCUAGUGAUGCUGCACCAAAGACACUGAGAUUAUUUGUCCCUUACUGGAUAAAAAACCACUCGUCAAUUCCACUAUCUUAUCGCAUUGUAGAAGGGGAACCCACAGAAAGCUCAGAAGCAGACUCACUUAGCAGACCAGAAUCGCUAAGUAGAGUGGCCAAGUCUUCAAAAUUUUCCCUUAAAUAUUCUUCAAAGUCUCUUGUCAGAAGAGGAACAAUGUCGCAGAGAAAUAUGCAAGUACUGGAAGAUAUUGAAGAUUGUAGCACAAACUAUGUGAUGCUAUCACCACAAGAUUACUUGAACGGAUCUGCAGGUGUGCGCUCUGAGUCUAGGGAUAACACUAAUUUCAGUCCAGCUCGAGUUGCAAUAUCUGUGGCUGUUGGUGGUUGCACACAGUACAGUAUAGGAGUGUCUCUUUUUGAGCUUGAGAACAAGGAGCAUGUUGAUAUCAAAGCAUUUUCUUCUGAUGGGUCAUAUUACUGGUUCUCCGUUCAAUUGAAGAUGGCUUCAGACAGGACAAAGGUUGUAAAUUUACUGCCGAGAGCACUUCUUAUCAAUAGAAUUGGAAGAAGUAUUUUUCUAUCUGAAUAUCAUGAUGAGACUGAGGAGCCCUUACAACCAUAUGAACCUCCAAAAGUAUUUCAAUGGCGAUCAGAAUUUGGAAGUGAACUUUUAAAGUUGAGGCUGGAGGGAUACCAAUGGAGUACACCUUUUAGCAUCAAUGCUAAUGGAGUUAUGUGUGUGCUCAUGAACAGUACAACAGGACAUGAUCAUGCUUUUGUCAGGGUAAAUGUGAGAAGUGGAACAAAAAGUUCACGCUAUGAAGUUGUAUUUCAGCUUGAUUGCUGGUCCAGCCCAUACAGGGUGGAGAAUCGCUCCAUGUUCUUGCCUAUACGGUUUCGGCAGGUCGGUGGUGAUGAUCAUUCAUGGCGUAAUCUGCUUCCGAAUUCAUCAGCUUCCUUCUUUUGGGAGGACCUCAGCAGAAGGCAUCUAUUGGAAGUUUUGGUUGAUGGAACUGAUCCUAUGAACUCCAUGACAUAUGACAUCGAUGUUGUAAUGGAUCAUCAGCCCCUGACUAAUUCAGGUGCCCUUAAGAAGGCCUUACGUGUCACUGUCUUGAAGGAGGGGAAAUUGCAUGUUGUUCAAGUUAGUGAUUGGCUGCCAGAUAAUAGAAAUCGAGGACAGAUAAUUGAAAGGAUGUUAUCACCAAUCUUUCAGCCAUCAGAGGUCGACUAUGGGCAGUCAUCUCCUGAUCUGGAUAGUGAAUUUCAUGUUACCUUGGAACUAACGGAGCUUGGUAUUUCUGUAAUCGACCAUAUGCCUGAGGAAGUUCUUUACCUCUCAGUGCAGCAACUCUUACUUGCAUACUCAUCUGGAUUGGGCUCUGGAGUAAAUCGGCUCAAAAUGCGGAUGCAUUGGAUUCAAGUUGAUAAUCAAUUACCAUUUGUUCCUAUGCCUGUCCUUUUCUGUCCUCAAAAGAUUGAAAAUCAGUCAGAUUACAUUUUCAAGUUCUCUAUGACAGUUCAGACCAAUAAUUCUCUUGAUUUUUGUGUCUAUCCAUACGUUGGUGUCCAGGUUCCUGAGAAUUGUGUGUUCUUUGUUAACAUCCAUGAACCAAUCAUUUGGCGCCUCCAUGAGAUGAUUCAACACCUAAAAUUCGAUAGGAUAUAUAGCAAUCAACCUUCAGCUGUUUCAGUGGACCCUAUACUGAAAAUUGGGCUUCUGAACAUCUCCGAGAUCCGAUUUAGGGUGUCGAUGGCAAUGUCCCCAAGCCAAAGGCCAAGGGGAGUACUUGGGUUCUGGUCAUCCUUGAUGACUGCAUUGGGAAACAUGGAGCAUAUGCCGGUCCGUAUAGCUCAAAGAUACCGGGAGGAAUUGUGCAUGCGGCAAAGUGCACUUAUGAACGCUGCUAUAUCUAACAUUCAAAAAGAUCUUCUUAGCCAACCUCUUCAGCUACUUUCUGGUGUUGACAUUCUUGGUAAUGCGAGUAGCGCUCUGAGUAACAUGAGCAAGGGGAUAGCUGCACUGUCUAUGGACAAGAAAUUCAUUCAGGGCCGGAUGAGACAGGAUAGCAAAGGUGUGGAAGACUUUGGAGAUGUAAUAAGAGAUGGAGGUGGUGCUCUUGCAAAAGGCAUCUUUAGAGGUGUCACAGGCAUAUUGACAAAGCCCAUCGAGGGUGCAAAAUCUUCCGGUGUUGAAGGUUUUGUGCAAGGAGUUGGAAAGGGUAUAAUUGGUGCAGCUGCACAACCAGUUAGCGGAGUUCUUGAUCUUUUGUCAAAAACUACGGAAGGUGCCAAUGCGGUAAAAAUGAAAAUAUCAUCAGCGAUAAUGGCUGAGGAGCAGUUGCUGCGUAGGCGUCUCCCUCGUGCUAUUGGUGGGGAUAGUUUGCUCUAUCCUUAUGACGAGCACAAAGCUACUGGCCAGGCUAUCUUGCAUCUAGCUGAGUGUGCUACAUUCCUUGGUCAAAUUGAUAUUUUUAAAAUCCGAGGAAAGUUUGCUUCUACCGAUGCUUAUGAGGAUCAUUUUUUACUUCCUAAGGGGAAGAUCCUUUUAAUCACUCACAGAAGAGUACUAUUGCUUCAGUUACCAAUGAUGACCCAGCGUAAGUUUAAUCCUACAAAGGAUCCUUGCUCAGUAAUAUGGGAUGUAUUAUGGGAUGAUCUGGUAACAGUGGAGAUGACCCAUGGGAAAAAAGAUCCUCCAGGCUCCUUGCCUUCUAAGCUUAUUUUGUACUUGAAAGCUAAACCUUCAAAUUCGAAGGAAGUUGUUCGUUUGGUCAAGUGUAAUCGAGGUUCGGAUCAAGCAACUAUCAUUUACUCUGCAAUUGACAAAGCUUAUAAAGCUUACGGUCCAAACUGUUUGAAGGAAUUGUUGAGAUGGAAAGUACCAAGGCCAUAUGCCCCUCGCAAUAAUAGUGGCCGAAGUUUCCAAGACCUGUCAUUUGGUUAAAAAGUAAAAGCAAAUGUGCACUUCUAUGUUGUGCUAAAAACAGUAGAAAUUUUGUGUUAUUGAUGUGUGUUAAUAGUAUGAUACAAGCAACACCAUAGGAUGAAGGUAUUUUAGGUUCACACCUUGAGUGAUUGCCAGGCAAAUGAUAUAUUCAAUAUAUAUACUAUAUAGGUAUCAGUGGAUAGGUUCUUUGCCUUCAUGUAAAUAUUAGAUUUCAGGAGGCGCCGGUAUGGUCAUGUAAAUGUGAGCAUGUCUGAGAGCAAGAAGAAAAAAUAGUGCAAAUUAUGCAACAUUCACUAGCAAAAUGGUAGACUUCUCCUAGUGCUUUUAAGUAGUAGUAAAACACUACCACUAGUCAUAGCACAUGGAAAUCUUACUAGGAGGCAUUUAGUUGGGAAAAUUUAUACUAAUUUUUGAAUGUUAAAACACUAGGAGAAGCCCACCUUUGAAGUCUCAAAUUCUGGUUGUAUAUUCCUAGCAACUGUUCUUGUUGCAUUGUGGUGUUCUCUUGUUCCAGUCAUAGGAGAAAUGAUCAUGAAAUGCUGAUUACAAGCUUUUGAUACCCUUGUCAUGGGGAGAUCCA